AUGCCCGGAGCAACGCAGGCAGACCAGGACAAAGCGCAAGCAGUCGCUAUCAUUAAGGACUUUCAUGACUACUUCAGCAGCCCACUCCCUUUCACAGAGGGGCCACGCUUCGUCAUUCCGCAUGGCCUGAUGAUAGUUCCCCUUCCGGAGGAGCUAGGCGGUCUCACAAUUGAGACCUUCAAUCACAUGUACGAACGCGUCACCGGGAUCCUCCGCGCUCAAUACGCCUCCGGUGUGAAACUCUUCGCGCACCGGCUCGUGAAACCUGGACCAGAAGUCCGGGUAUCCGGCAACACUGCCGCUGUACUCACCGGAUUCUGCGGCAAGGUUGAUGAUCAUGAUAUUCUGCACGCGGUCAGCCUCUGCUUGCUCCACCGGAGGGCGGGCGAAUCUGGAAACCCAUGGCGCAUCUCGGGAAUUGUCGACUCGCAGCACACGCUGCCCGAUAUGCCGUUGCCGCCGGUGGAGGCCGGCUCCGUGUCGGAGAUCAUGGCUCCAUUCGAUGCCCUACUCAAACAUAUCAGAGCGCAGGAGUGGGACGCGAUUACACCACUGCUGCUACCUAACGCUGGGGCCAUGAUAGCGGAGGGCUCUCAGGACCCAGUCACGCUCAUGUGGCCGGAGUUUAUCAAGCGGCUGCAAGCCGAAGCCGAGACUGGCCCUGUGGCCGAGAAGAAGCUCUUCGAUUGUGGGGCGCGGCGGUGUGGGAAUCUGGCUUUUGUAUGGGCGCCGUUCAGGCUCAUAGUUGAGCGCAAGGAGACGGCGCAGGGAGUCACGAUCUGCGCGUUCAGAUUGGAAGGGGAGAAGUGGCUUAUUGCCAGCUUCCAGGAGACAACUUUUGCCUAG